CAUCACACUCUAGUAUAAAAAAUGUUGCCUCCAACCAUCAACCAACCCAUCACCAACAUUCUCACUCUUCUUUCUCUCACUAGAACAAUGAGCUCCGCCGCCGCUCCGCCGCUCCUCCCCCUCUUCCUCCUCGCCUUCCUCUCCAUCUCUUCUCUCAAUGUAGCAGCCGCUGGAGAAAACCCAUUCACGCCCAAGGGCUACGCAAUGCGGUACUGGAAGAAGCAGAUCUCCAAUGACCUGCCCAGGCCGGAGUUUCUGUUCGACAAAGCUUCGCCGCUGAGCGCCGCCCAAUACGCUGCCUUCUCGAAGCUCGCCUCCGAUCAGAGCUCGCUGUCGACGCAGCUCCCGGAGUUCUGCUCCAAUGCCAAUCUCCUCUGCUUCCCCGAUUUGGCCCCGAGCCUGGAGAAGCACAGCGACAAUGCCAACUUCGCCGCCUACGUCGGCAAGAACUUCACCAACUACGGCACCGAUCGCGUCGGCGCAACCGACGGCUUCCGGAGCUACUCCGAGAACGAGAAUGUCGUCGCCGACACGUUCCGCCGCUACAGCCGCGACUCCACCGGCCACCGCGAUAAAUUCACCGCCUACGCCACGGACGCCAACGUGGUGGACCAGACCUUCAACACCUACGGCACGGCGGCCACCGGCGGCAAGGGCGAAUUCACCAACUACAACGACCAAGUCAAUGUGCCCAACCUCGUCUUCACCUCCUACUCCGACAGCGGCAACGGCCGCCUUCAAUCCUUCACAGCCUACACCCAAAACGCCAAUGCCGGCGACCAGAAAUUCACCAGCUACGGCAAGAACGGCAACGGCGCCGAGAACGAAUUCAGCAGCUACGGCAACGAAUCCAAUGUGAUGGGCUCCACCUUCACCAACUACGGCGAGAAGGGCAACGGCGCCAACGACACCUUCACCAACUACGGCACCAACACCAAUGUCCCCGAGAAUCACUUCAAGAACUACGGCACUCAGGGCAAUGCCGCCACAGAAACCUUCAAAAAUUACAGAGAUCAAUCCAACGUCGGCGACGACACCUUCGAUUCCUACGGCAAGGCCUCCAACGCCGCUAAAAUCGGCUUCGUCAACUACGGCCAGUCAUUCAAUGAGGGCACCGAUAAAUUCACCGGCUACGGCAAAGACUCCACCGGCGCCGAGGCCGAUUUCAAGAUUUACGGCGUCAACAACACCUUCAAAGACUACUCGAAGCAGGGCACCAAAUUUUCAAGGUACAUUAAUGAGAGCUCUGCUGUGGUGGCCUCAUUAGUUUCCAGUGGCAAAAAGGUGAAUAAAUGGGUGGUUGAGCCAGGGAAGUUCUUCAGAGAGUCCAUGUUGAAGACUGGUACAAUCAUGCCUAUGCCAGACAUCCGGGAUAAAAUGCCCAAAAGGUCAUUUUUGCCCCGCCUCAUUGUCUCCAAAUUGCCCUUCUCCACCUCCAAGCUCGCAGACCUUAGGAGGAUCUUCCACGCUGUCGACGACUCGGGCAGCAUGACCAAAAUGCUCACUGAUACGCUGGCGGAGUGCGAGCGGGCACCCAGCCCCGGCGAGACGAAGCAGUGUGUGGCCUCGAUCGAGGACAUGAUCGACUUCGCCACGUCAGUGCUGGGGCGGAACGUGGCGGCGCGGACGACGGAGAGCACCCGGGGGUAUAAUGGGAAUAUCAAGAUUGGAAAUGUCAAAGGGAUCAACGGUGGAAAAGUGACAAAAUCAGUGUCGUGUCACCAGAGCUUAUUUCCCUACAUGCUUUACUAUUGCCAUUCCGUCCCAAAAGUCCGGGUCUACGAAGCGGAUAUCCUGGAUCCGAAAUCUGAGUCGAAAAUUAACCACGGCGUCGCUAUCUGCCAUGUCGACACGUCCUCGUGGAGCCCGGGCCAUGGGGCGUUCAUCUCGUUGGGGUCGGCCCCUGGUAAAAUAGAGGUGUGCCACUGGAUAUUCGAGAACGACUUGACAUGGGCAAUUGCGGAUUGAUCCGGGUUUGGAGCCAGAUACGGGUUAGAGUCGGACCAGUUGUGUUACGGAAAGGGUGAACCACUGGUUCGACCUUAUUAUAAUUGAACUCAUUCUAUAUUAAGCCUAAGUUAUUUAUUUAUUUUCAAACUCUAGAAUCUCUGAUAGUUGCUCAAUUCAAUGUUCCAUGUUGAUCAAUCAGUUAUAUAAAUGGGCUACGCCUCCUUCCCUUUCGUA